AGACUCAUUCGGUUGUGCGCUGUGCGAGAAUUCGAUUGAAAAAAAAAAACCCAUCAAAAGCAAGUAUAGAGUGUCACCAAGGCAUUCGUGAAUAAAAUUCUGUCGUAACAUUUUGUAUUCAGUUUUUGUGUUCUCAUCCAGUUUAAUGGAAUUGGCUGGCUAUUUUUCUAAAGGAAGCGGAGGAAUUCAUUUUUUGAUUUAGAAUUUUUUCAUUUUUGAUGAUAUAAAUUCGACGACAGAAAAGUAACAAUUUUCGUAAAAGUUGGAAAAGAAGGAAAAUUUGUGCCGAAUGAAAAGUGUUGAAAGUUGGACACAUACAAAAUGUCUAAAAAAAUGAACGAAAAGUGUUGAACCAUUUGGGAGUGAAUAGUUUAAUGCGGGGCUAAACGAGAAGGAGCUGUUUGUGAUUUUAAUUUAUUGCUAAUUUAUUUCGUAACAUUUAAAAGUUGAUUUCGGUAGUAGCGCGGACAUUAUAUAUUUUUGCUGAAGGGAAAUACCUGAAAAAAAAAAAGAUUGUGAAGUGGAAUUUCUAUUAAACGUCAAGUUCGGGGGUGAUCGAUAAACAUAAGAAAAAAGUUAAAUUUUCCGAAAAAAUUGUGUGUGACAGUUUUUCUGUUCAAUCUAGGGCAAGGUGUGAGUGUUUUUAUUGUUUUUAAUUUGUUUAUUUAGUGUGUGGCAAGAGAGUCUCUAUUUUAUUUUCGAUUAAUUUUCUGUUUUGUUUUUGAUUUUACUUCCUCAUUUUUACUUCUUGAUUUUUUUCCUCAUCGGCGAUUUACGUGAUAAAUAUACACAACAAUUGCAAGGCCGGGAAAAAAAUCAACACAAUCGAGUAAAAGCAAUUUUUUUCCAAUAACCAAAACAAAAACAAAAAAAUCAAAUAGAGAACAUAAUCCCACACACCGAAAGCAAAAGCAAAAAAGUGUAAUACACGCUGGACUCGAAAAAGGACAGUCGGUUAACAAUGGGUAACAACGCGACCUCGGCAAAUAAGAAAGUCGACGCAGCCGAGAGCGUAAAGGAGUUCCUCGAACAGGCGAAAGAGGAAUUCGAAGAUAAAUGGAAACGCAAUCCGACCAACACUGCGGCCCUCGAUGAUUUCGAGCGCAUCAAAACGCUCGGCACCGGUUCGUUCGGCCGCGUUAUGAUCGUUCAACAUAAACCAACAAAAGACUAUUAUGCCAUGAAAAUUUUGGACAAGCAGAAGGUGGUCAAACUAAAACAGGUCGAACAUACAUUGAACGAGAAACGGAUCCUGCAAGCCAUCUCGUUUCCAUUUUUAGUCAGCCUCAAAUACCAUUUUAAGGAUAAUUCAAAUUUGUACAUGGUAUUGGAGUAUGUGCCAGGCGGCGAAAUGUUUUCGCAUCUACGGAAAGUGGGCCGUUUCUCGGAACCGCAUUCACGUUUCUAUGCUGCACAAAUUGUUUUAGCAUUUGAAUAUUUGCACUACUUAGAUCUUAUUUAUCGAGACUUGAAACCGGAAAAUCUUCUGAUCGAUUCUCAGGGCUAUUUAAAAGUCACAGACUUUGGCUUCGCCAAACGUGUCAAAGGUCGUACAUGGACCCUGUGCGGGACACCCGAAUAUUUAGCGCCUGAAAUCAUUUUAAGCAAAGGUUACAACAAAGCCGUCGAUUGGUGGGCAUUGGGCGUUUUAGUAUAUGAAAUGGCAGCUGGUUAUCCGCCAUUUUUCGCCGAUCAACCGAUCCAAAUUUAUGAAAAAAUUGUGUCCGGCAAAGUACGGUUCCCGUCACACUUCGGUUCGGAUUUGAAAGAUUUACUGCGAAAUUUGCUGCAAGUCGAUUUAACGAAACGUUACGGCAAUUUGAAGGCGGGCGUCAAUGACAUCAAAGGUCAUAAAUGGUUUGCUUCCACCGAUUGGAUAGCUGUGUUCCAGAAAAAAAUCGAAGCGCCUUUCAUACCACGCUGCAAAGGACCGGGUGAUACUAGCAACUUUGACGAUUACGAAGAGGAGGCACUGAGGAUUUCUAGUACCGAAAAAUGCGCCAAGGAAUUUGCUGAAUUUUAAACAGAAAAAAAACAAAAAGAAAUUUUUGGAUUAAUUUAGAAUUGAUUUUGAAAUGUGCAAUGUGUAUUUGGGAAAACUGGUAGGAGCUACGGAAGUCAAAUGUAAUAACCAAACCAACCAAAUAAUUUCAUUAAUUUUUUUAGUUUUUCGAGUUUUUGUUGUUAAAUUUUUAAGUUUUUCCUUUUCUGUUUUUAAAAUGGGAAAAAAAUUAUUAAAAAAAACUUGUGAGCUUAGACCUUUAAAAGAAAAUUUCGUUGUUGUCGCUGUACAAUCGUGUGAACUGAUUAUUGCCACAUCACCCAACUUAAAUAAGUAAAAAAGUUAAAAAAAAAUGUGAACUUGUAGAACUAGUAGAACUGUGUGUUUAUAAUGGUUUAAAUAAGACACAAGACAACCAGUCAUAAGAUUUAAGUCAAGUAAAAAAAAUAUUGUGAGUUUGUGUAAGUGAAACAGUCCUUCAUAAUUAAAUUUUUUUGUAUCGAAGCAUAAGAUCAUUUAACCAAAACCAAAAAACAAACAGAAAUUGAAUGAGCCACAUAAUAAAACCUAAGACCAAAUGGAUUAAACUGAAAAGAAAAACAAACAAAAACACUUUGACAUUCGUGUUUUCUCGUAGCAAGAAAAGUGUUGCAUUUAUAUUGAGAGCAACAUCAAUUUCAAUCAACUGACAAUGGAUUAAUCGUCUUUAUAAGCUGUCACCUAUCACCACACCACAUCCCAACAACAAAAUUACACACACGUUAGCGAUACAUACAUAAAAAGUAUUAUCACCGUACGUACCAUUAAAUAGAGGAUGCACUUUAUACCAGAUAGAGCAUACAGGUAAUUCAUAACUCACAACUUUACAAAUUCUGCAUUUCUUCGUCGUGUACUUUGAUUAUAUUACAUUACCAGCCAAACACACAAAAUUCGGAGAUGAAAUCUUACAUUCAAUGAAAGACCGUCAUUCGACCAUCAUCAAUCCGAAGACAAACUUUAAUCGCAGGAAAAAAGAACAAAACACCAACCGAAAUAAAAAAUCAUCUUCAUUCUUCAUCUAACUUUAUAAUAUUAAAGGAGAUAAAAAAAAAACUUAUAAGGAAAAACUAGUCGAUAAUGAAAACAAACGCUUUUGGUAUGUGCACAUUAUUUCAUAAUUAAACAAA